AUGCUGUCGAUUCUGCGAAAAGCGAGGCUCAAGGACAAGGAGAUGCGGAUUCUUAUGCUUGGACUCGACAAUGCAGGAAAGACGACUAUUGUCAAGAAGAUUCUGAACGAAGAUGUCCACACAGUUAGCCCAACGUUGGGGUUCAUCAUUAAGACAAUAGACUACGACGGAUACAAGCUCAAUAUUUGGGACGUCGGCGGACAAAAGACACUACGGUCCUACUGGCGAAACUACUUUGAGAAGACGGACGCGCUGAUCUGGGUGGUGGACUCUACGGACCGGCUGCGCAUCGACGACUGCAGAGAGGAGCUCCACGGGCUGCUGCAGGAAGAGCGGUUGGCGGGCGCGUGCCUGCUUAUCUUUGCAAACAAGACGGACGUGGACGGGUGCAUGACGGAGGCGGAGAUCCUACAGUCGCUCCGCUUGGACGAGAUUCGAACGCACCAGUGGCACAUUCUCCAGUGCAGUGCCAUGACGGGGAGAAACCUGAAGGAGGGGCUUGCGUGGGUGGUGGAGGACGCGAAGAAGAGGUUGUUUCUGUACUAG